AGAGAGAAGAAAGAUGGAAAGUAAUGCAGUUUUACUGGAAUCCAAGUCCUCUCCUAUCAACCUUCUGAACGAAAUGCAUCAGCUGCGUCUCCUCGGCCACCUCUGUGAUGUGACAGUUAGUGUCGAGUACCAAGGUGUCAGGGCAGAAUUUGUCGCUCACAAAGCUGUAUUGGCAGCAACGAGCAAAUUUUUCAAGGAGAUGUUUCUUAAUGAGAAGAGCAUGGAUGGCCCAAGAACCAAUGUGUUCUUGAAUGAGGUCCAGGUUGCUGAUUUUGCUUCAUUUCUUGAGUUUGUCUAUACUGCUAAGGUAGAAGUGGAGGAAGACAGAGUGCAGCGUAUGCUGGAAAUAGCUGAAAAGCUGAAGUGCUUGGACCUCUCAGAAACCUGCUUCCAAUUAAAGAAGCAGAUGCUUGAAUCAGUGCUGCUAGAGUUGCAAAACUUCUCCGAAUCACAGAGCUCCGAAGAAGAGAGUGUCUCCCAGCCAAGCAUUUUGCUUGAGACAAAAGCAACUUCUGUGGCAGAAGGUGACCAGGCAGACUGUCCUGUGGAUCUUCCAGACUCCCCAGUAGGCAGGCCUAGCAAUAGAGUGGCUCUGGAGAUGCCAGCUGCCAAAUCAAAAGAGAAAAUGGACAAGACGAAAGAAAUUAUGAAGCCUCCCUAUGCCAAAAUCAGGAGGGCAAGUGGGAGGCUGGCUGGCAGGAAAGUAUUUGUAGAAAUCCCUAAGAAGAAAUACACAAGGCGGCUGAGAGAACAGCAAAAGAAUGCAGAGAUUACUGUGGAAGAUACCAACAGAUACCCACAAGACCACAGCACAUGUGAUGCAGAGAGGGAGGAAGAACAAGUGGAAAACAACAUUAAACCAGAAAGUGAGGAAUGUGAUGGCAACUUUGAAUCGGAGGAAAACCUGCAAAAGUCUGAGGAGGAUAAAAAGAAACGAGGCAGCAACUUCAAAUGCAGCACAUGUGAGAAGGAGUUCCUAUAUGAGAAAAGUUUUCUCAAGCACAUAAAACACAGCCAUGGCAUUGCAGCCGAAAUCAUUUACCGGUGUGAAACCUGCAGUCAGACAUUUGCCAACCGGUGCAACUUAAAAAGCCAUCAGCGCCAUGUCCACAGCAGCGAGCGCCACUUCCCUUGUGAGCUCUGCGGUAAGAAGUUCAAGAGGAAGAAGGACGUCAAGAGGCACAUUCUCCAGGUUCAUGAGGGUGGUGGGGAGCGUCAUCAGUGCCAACAAUGUGGAAAGGGGUUGAGCUCCAAAACUGCCUUGAGGCUUCAUGAAAGGACACAUACAGGCGACAAGCCUUAUGGGUGCACAGAGUGUGAGGCUAAAUUUUCUCAGCCUUCUGCACUUAAAACACACAUGAGAAUCCAUACUGGUGAAAAACCUUUUGUCUGUGAUGAAUGUGGUGCCAGGUUUACUCAGAAUCACAUGCUUAUUUAUCACAAAAGAUGUCACACAGGGGAAAGACCUUUUAUGUGUGAAACGUGCGGGAAAAGCUUUGCCUCGAAGGAGUACUUGAAACACCAUAACAGAAUACAUACUGGAUCCAAACCAUUUAAAUGUGAAGUUUGCUUCAGAACGUUUGCACAGAGAAAUUCACUUUACCAGCAUAUUAAAGUUCACACAGGCGAGCGGCCGUAUUGCUGUGACCAGUGUGGCAAACAGUUCACGCAGCUCAAUGCGCUGCAGCGUCACCAUCGAAUACACACUGGGGAGAAGCCGUUCAUGUGCAACGCAUGUGGGCGAACCUUUACUGACAAGUCCACCCUGCGACGACACACUUCAAUCCAUGAUAAAAACACCCCAUGGAAGUCCUUUCUUGUCAUUGUGGAAGGAGCAUCUAAGAAUGAUGAAGGUCAUAAAACAGAGCUUCCUGAUGAAGAAUAUGAUGUAUCACCUAAAAUACCAGAGAAGCUGCUGUCUUUCUCUGAAAAUGGCCACUAUCAAAACUUGACUGCUGUCCCAGGGAGUGUGACUGCACUGCAUGAUAGUGGUUCUAACACAGGGACAGACUGUAAGUCAGAUGGGACUCCAGGACCCCAAGAAGCCCUUAUAGCUACCACCUUAAGUGAGCUGACAGUGCUACAUACACAAACAGACUCUAUCCAGCCGCAGCUUCAUGCUUUGGUGAAUAUGGAAUAAUUUGAUAUUUACAAAUCCAAUUUAAGCUGUCCCCUUUGUAUAGUCCUUUGACUUUGCCAAUAGCCUACUGAGGGAACUAAGAGAAGCUAUAAAAGGGAAACAAGGCUAGAUGUAAAUGGCAUCCACAGGAUUUUCCUGAAUUUCCUCCCAAAAUUCAUUAUUCAACUCAGUGUGUAUAGUGCCAUCUCCUGAAGGUAGGGUAGAAUAACACCAAAUACAAAUUGAUUUUAUUGUCUGGAAUAAGUUUAGAUCCCUAUAACAUAAUGAUGGUGGAAGACACAAAAA